AUGUUGGUCAGCAACUGCAGUUGUUGCCAACAUAUACCUCCUCUGGACUACUUCCCAACAUGUCCUCCUUCCCAUCCAUUCCAUUGUUGCCAGUGCGUCCCUAGCUGCCAUUUUUGCCAACAAAAUAAACUUGCAUUUGGUUACUGCGUCCCUUCCUGUUCCACUUGCCCAGUUCUGCCAACUGAACGUGGACCAAAAAUUGAAUCAGGCAGUGGCGGAACAACCGAAUCAGGCAGCAGCAGAACUGAGACAGGCAGCAGCGGAACAACCGAAUCAGGCAGCAGCAGAACUGGAAGAAGCGGAGGAGGACCCGCCGAACCACGUGGGACAGAAGACAUUAUCCAAUUUCCCAUUCCGGAAAAUCCUUCCUGGAGUAAUCCAAAACUUUAUGGUUGGGGAUUCCAGCACUUUGUAGUUAAUGUGGGGAGUACAGUGAUCGUUCCGUCUGUGAUGGUCAGUGUGGGCGGAGGUGGCAAUGUAGAGAAAGCGAGGGCGAUACAGGCGUCGCUGUUUGUAAUGGGAAUAAAUACACUUUUGCAGAUUUGUUUUGGUACUCGGCUUUCUGUGUCGAUGGAAACAUCCCAAGCUUACAUUAUCCCUAUAAUUUCCAUUGCUUUAUCAACUUACAGUAAUUUUAAUAACUCACUCGAUCCCCAUCAGAGGUUUGAACAAUUCAUGAGACGUGUACAAGGGGCAAGUCUCAUUUCGUCUAUCUUUCAAAUGGUGAUUGGUUUCUCUGGUUUGGCGAAAUAUUUUGCAAGACACCUUAGCCCUCUCGCUUCUGUUCCUCUAGUAACUCUCACGGGACUUGGGCUCUACGUUCGUGGAUUUCCAUUGGUGGCCAAGUGUGCUGAAAUUGGACUCCCAGCUUUGGCUAUUCUGGUUUUCUUAACUCAGUUUCUUCCCCGUAUAUGGAAAGCGAAAAAAGAGAUAGCUGGUCAAGUAGCAAUCAUACUUUCUGUUGCAAUUGUAUGGACCUAUGCAGAGAUUUUGACUGUGGCUGGUGCAUAUGAUAAUACAACUCAAGAAACACAAAUGAAUUGUCGUACUGAUAGUUCUGGGCUCAUUGGUGCUGCUCCUUGGAUAAAGAAUCCACAUCCAUUUCAAUGGGGAACUCCCAUUUUUGAAGCUGGCGAUGCCCUUUCAAUGAUGGCUGCUUCCCUUGUAGCUGUUAUUGAGUCUUCUGGUACAUUUUAUGCAUCAUCAAAAUUAAGCGGUGCUCCUCCUAUACCUCCCUAUGCCCUGACUCGUGGUAUUGGCAUUCAGGGAAUUGGAACUAUGAUAGAUGCAGUAUUUGGCGCAGGAAAUGGCUCCACUGCUUCAGUGGAAGAUGCAGGUCUUUUGGGAUUAACACAAGUAGGAAGUCGGAGGGUCGUUAUAGUAUCAGCAAUCUUUAUGGUUUUCCUUUCCGUUUUAGGAAAAGUUGGGGCUUUUUUCGCUUCAAUACCACUGCCAAUUGUGGGAGCCCUCCACACUGUCCUCUUCCCCUAUGUGGCUUCAGCUGGGCUUCAAUAUCUCGAGUUCUGUAACGUGAAUAGCUUCAGAUCAAAGCUCAUUCUAGGCUUUUCUCUCUUCAUGGGCCUCUCUGUGCCUCAAUACUUCAAGGAAUACGUUUUUCUUUCUGGUCAUGGACCUGUUAACACAGGAACCACCUGGUUCAAUGACAUAAUGCAAGUGAUUUUCUCAUCCCCGCCCACUGUUGCGCUUAUAGUUGCUUUCUUUUUGGAUCGGACUCAUACUCCUGGGGCCUGCUCGACCUGGAAAGACAGUGGCAGGUAUUUGAAGGACAAAUCAGAUGAGUCGGAAAAGACUAAAGAAAUCUAUGAUUUCAUUACUUCACUUGGUGAUAUGUGCUCUUAAUUCUAACACGCUGUGUCCACUAUACAUGAAACAAUGGUUACAAUUAUUCAUAUUUUCUCUUACCAAGGAGUCUAUCUUGUUGCUUUCUUUUUGACAAGUUGUGGCAAUUGACAUAUAAUACUUGUUCAAAUGUUGAUUUUUAGCUUUGGAUCAGCCCUAUAUAUUUGGUAUUUUACAUGAAUAA